GGUAAUUAUUGUACAUUUACUUUGAGCAUAUUGAUGUUUUUUGCCGACUGCUACCUCCUCUUGCCCCAACUUGUCAGCGUUCGCCCCAUGGAAUAGGCGGCGAUUCAUUCAUCUUCGCAAUACUAACGGGACACAGCAAAAAAAAAGACCAUCAAGAACCAUGGAGCCACAAUCACCGCCCAAACGCGUCACCCGAUCGCGCGCUGCCAGGUCUACCGACUCUGCUCCCACUAAGGCCGUGACCGCCGCGUCAAGGGCAAAGACGACGCGAGUGACAGCAACGAGCUCUGUGGCCACCACCAGGACCACGGCAACCAAGCGGAAGCUUAGAUCUGAAGAUACGGAAAAUGAAGAAGCGGAAAACGACGACGACGAGCUGGGGGCCGUAUAUCCCGCUCCAGCACGGGCUACCAGAACCACCCGUGGCCGACCGCAAAAGACGGCCGAGCCAGAACCCUCCAAGAAGACUAAAACAGAAACUGCAUCAGCACCGACGCCCGCACCUGUAACUGCCCCGAGGAGGGGUCGGCCACCUAAGAAAAUAGCUUCCACGACGCCGAGUGCCAAUAAGGAGUCUGUAUCGGUUGCCAGGAAGCCAGUGCGAGGAGCAAGAACCAAAAAGGGACAGCUUAAUGAGGAGCCCGAAGAGGCACCCAUCAAGCCUGCCACCCGCACACGCGCAGUGAGCACAACAGCCAAGGCACCUGUCAAGAAGACGGUUCAGUUUGAGGAACCGGAGAAGGAAAAUAUUCUGCCUGCUGCAGCCACCAAGACCAGAAACACAAAAGCCACGGCGUCCACCAAGACUGCCGCACCAGAACCCCCGGCCACAGGCCUUCGUGCUAGGCCUGUACGAAAGGCAGCACUCCCCGCUGCUGCCCGCCCAACCCGAGACAUGGCCAAAACCUCUGCUCAAGCCAAAAAGGAGAAGGCAGGGGAAGAGCUGGAGGAAGAUCCAGAGAAGACAUCUCAGGAGAGUGGGCCGACGCCGCUGAGCCCCAAAAAGAUUACACAAUUAGCACGCCCCAAGGAUCUCGACAGGGAAGCCGAGUCUGAUGACGAGCUUGCAGAUGACGUGACUCCGCACAGGCCUCUGAUGAAGAAUCCGGUUAGACCGGCGGCGAGCGCAAGACUCGAGAAGAAGGAAGCGGAUGUGGCACUCGGUACCAUCGAGGCGGAUAGCGAGCUACUGCCAGUCCCGGAGCCAAGCAUGUCUGCUGGUAUUCUCAACAGCCCAGCUCGCCGCCCACAGGCUUUGCCUCACAAGGACGCCAUGAAGUCACCAGCGCGCCGAGGUGUUGGAAUGCCGGUUAUCAACCUCUCCAAAGAGGAUUCUGGGAGCCAGGAUAACCAAUCGCCGAUGAAGGCCUCGCUUCUCACCUCGCCCGCAAAGCGACCAAAGUCCCCAGUCAAGGGAACGAAUCCAUCCAAUCUGACUUCUUCCACGCUAGGUGACUGCAAUCGCUCGCUGAUGAAGUCCUCGUUUCUCGCAUCCCCAGCCAAGCGUCCGCUGUCACCAAUCAAAAGAAUCCGCUCACCUCAACCCAGGACUGAACAGACCUGCCAAGUUGAGAAUGUUCAGGAAGAUUGCGAUCUGAACGCAGACACUGACUCUGCAGCAACUCUGCAUCAAGAAAGGGAGCUGCCACCAUCACCUACUAGGGCCACUAGGCAGCACUUCCCCGGCCGCCUGUCCACGGUGCUGCCACGACAUGCUGAUCCUGACCUGAAAAAGAAUCCCAUGCUUGGUGUUGCGCGAGCAUACAGCCAUGAGGACGAUGUCCUCUCCUCCACGCCGGAUGAAUUCGUCGGGGUGGGGGAGCCCAUGGAUGUGGAUGCAGUUGGGCCAACUGUGGAGGCACAUGGAACAGAGCCGAUUGGUAUGGCCGAAGAUUCUGUGGCGACGAGUGCUUUUGGUCUAAGACAGAAGGAUUUGGACCCCUUUGUGGGCGCGGAGUCAGACUCGGAAGAUGAUCUGGACUCUCAUGAUGUUGCAACUUCAUCAAUGCUGGACAGCGCAAUCAAGACCCCACGCCGUGCAUCUAAUACUAGGAGCGGCAACAGCGAAACAAACAGUAUUGGUGGACUCCAGUCUACAGCUAAGGGCGCUCAGCACACCCUCAUCGCAGGGCAAUAUGGCUUCACGCCCCUUGCUGAAAAGUUGAGCGGUUGGAAGGCGAACAGCCCGCUCAAAGUUGGACUGCAACCCCAGCAGUCGCCUUUGGGCAGCGGUUCGGUAGAACACAAGAUCUCGAUCACCGUGGCCGAAGCUUUCGUACACGAUUCGCCGGCGAAACCCGGUUUUUUUGAUGAGGCCAUCUCGGUUGCCCCUAAAUCUGCCUCGGAUAUCGACAUAGCCGUGGAAAACGCUGGCUCUUGCCAGGAGGCCGAGGAGGAGGUGUAUAUUGAGGAGCCUGAGCUCGAACCUAUCCGCUGUACUCGGGAAGACUUUGAACUUGCCGCUGAGGCAGAUGUCAUGUCACUCGUGGAGCCGUCACAACUUGAGGAAACGCUUCACAGCGAUUUGAUCGAGGACAAUGCAUCAGAGGCUAGCCAGGAAUACGGGGACGAGAAUGAUGCUCCGCCUAUCGAUCCUGCCCUGACCAACUCUCCUAGCGUUCCCCCUGUGACGCCGAAGCGUUUUGCCACCCGUACUUUCCACACCGUCUCCAAAAUCCCACUCAAGCCAGCAGAUGAUUCCACCCCAAAGUCAGUAGGGUCGGUGACACAGAGGAAGCAGCGUAGACACAGCCUUGCGAAGCUGCCCUCCGCCAUGAGCCCAAGCAACCGCCCUUCCAAGUGUCUCCAAAGGAACGCAACCGUAAUCUCAUACUCGCCCACCAAGAAGGACAGCAAGCUGAAUGCACAAGACAACGCCCACCCUGAAUCGCCUUCUUACCCCGAGACGCCUGUAAAAUCAACCGUCGGGUGGUCCACAUCCGGCACGCCCGCCCGCACACCGCGACAAGCUCUCAAUCCUGCACUUCUCAGGGGUGCAGUUGUUUUCGUCGACGUGCGCACCAGCGAUGGUGCCGAGGCAAGCAGCAUUUUUGUGGAUCUCCUCACGCAGAUGGGUGCAAGGUGUGUCAAGUCUUGGGCUUGGGAUCCGGAGAGUCUAUGCGACAGCGAAAUGACCGAUGAUGAGGAUACGCCUUCGGGAUCCAAAAUUGGAAUCACCCACGUCGUAUACAAGGACGGUGGCAGGCGAACACUAGAAAAGGUCAGGGACACAAACGGAGUGGUACAAUGUGUCGGUGUAUCUUGGGUUCUUGACUGCGAACGUGAGAACGAAUGGCUCGAUGAGGCACCGUAUUACAUCGAUACUGCCCAAGGCUCCCACAGCAGUGUUGGUCGUCGCAAGACCAUGGAGCCGAGGGCCUUUGCCGAUACAGCUUCGUCAUCCCUUGACGAUGGCAGUGACAGGCGCAAGCCCCAGGAGUGCAAGACGGCCCCUUCAACGCCUGCUAAUGGCCGGCGUAGCAGUGGCCUGUGGAUGCGUACUCCGGAAGAUGAGGUGUCGGCAGCAUCCCGCCGCGCCAGCAGCAUCUACGGGGACGAGGACGGUGACUUUGCGGAUGCCGAUGCAGACUGGGAGUUGGAUAGCAUGCUCAUGCCGGUGCCCAAGACCCCGGCACCCGAGACAAUUGCGCGUUAUGCUGCCAACGUGACCCCCGAUACGCCAUCGGUAGACGAUGAGACAUUAUCACUGAGCCGGGAUGAACUUAUGAUGCGGACGUGCCCGCCGAAACCUGCGGGGGGGAUCGUGUUGCUUGGCCAAGGUCUUCUAGCUAGGGAGAAGGACGAGGGUGUGCUGCAGCGUUUGAUGGCUGCGCGAAGGAAGAGUUUACAAUUUGCACCUAAAAUCGGCAGCCCACUGGCCAAAACCUGGCCAUGAUAGUAUCUUGGGGGUUGGAGUUUUCUCGUUCUUUUUCUUCAAUAUUUUGGGGGUUGCAAGGGACCGAAACUCUUGUUUGGGGUUUGGAUGGAGUCCAGGAUUUGUUGUUCUAUCUUUUCGCUUCUCUCCCAUUCACUGUCUCUCAGGUAGCUAGGGACUACCUAGCUAUCGUGAGCUUUUUUCGUCAUACCUUUUUUCGUGUUAUUGUUGCAUCCAUAUGUGGCUUGCCGCUCAUUGUAGUUCUUGUAUGGCAAGGACUUGGGCUUUUUAGCACCUCAUUUACCGGAGUUGGGGAUAUUUGGGUCGGUUUAAGGGUGUAGUCGGCAGGGAAUUACUGGUGGUAUAUAACGCUGUUCUACCCGUGACCAUCCACAAACACAGCUGCUUUCUGUGCCAGCCGACUUGCGCUUUGACGUGACUUGACUAGAAAGUACUAACCCCAUGAUCCUACG